AUGACCCAAACCACCCGCUACACGUUCCUGUACGUCGGAGAGACGAACGAUGGUCCAACCCCACCCGACGCCGCCAUAUCCCGCCACCAGCUCCUCCUAUGCCCAUCUCAACCACUCGAGAUAGGUUCACGCAUCUUCCUCAACCAUGUCCUGAAUGCCCCGUCCACAGUCCCCUUCUUCCCCACAACCGUCCGCCUCCCGCUCAUCACUUUCUUCUCCGACGUAUGGGGUGCGGUGAUAGGCGUGAACGCACAGAAUAGAUGGGAGGUCGAGUUCGUGGUAGAGAACUGGAACAUUGACGCCCAAGUCAAGAGGGCGUACGUUCGAGUCCCGCGCUACCCAGGAAUUUCGAUUGCUCGAGACAUCUGGGCCUCAUUUAUGGAGACCCUUCUGGAACGGAUCCACGAGGUGAGCUGCACAACGCAGGCCGAGACCUAUCUGACGUCAGUACACAUGGCCGAGCAGACCGAGGGGAGGGAAGACAAGCCAGCCUACACGCGGAGAGUGGAGCACGCAAUCACGACAUCACCCGACCUGUACACGCCGACAGUCGAGCCGAACAGUGCGACCAUACCGACCCCGCCGGAGACCGAGCUGAUAACGCCACCGCAGUGGGAAGACAAAUUCUACGUAUGGAUACCGGAGGAUGCCGGAAGGAACCCGGAGAGGGGAAGCUUAGAACAAGUGUCUGCGCACCGCCCCUUUGCGAACGACGUGUAA